AUGUCUGAAGGAGAUCUUCUUCCAGACAUCUACCGUGACUCAUCUGCUUCACUCAAYAGAUCCAGUGUAUUUGCCUCAAGACCUGGUGUUUGUCCAACGGAGAAUAUGGAAACAUCUGAUUAUCCUUGCACGUUUGAUACUGAAUGUCCAGGGCUUAAAAAGUGCUGCAGCUCAUCCAAAGGAGAAGGCUGCGUGGAUCCAGUGCCAGAGGAAAGAAUAUUCUGGUACAAUGUAACAGUGCUUGUUAAAAUGGAUUUUAGUGAAUUAAUCAGAGUGGAUCCCCACCUUUUGAAUCAUUCUCGCCUGUUGCACUCCAUGAUUACUGGAGCAUUACAGCCCUUGAGUGCCUCUGUGUAUCACAUCCAGAGUAACCAUGCAGAAAUAUAUUCUGGGACAGUGGCCUCUCAGGUUCUCAUUGGAUUGCGUCAACCAGCUCCGCUAGUGGAUGUGUCUUCUUCCUUGAAGGAYGUUGUGAAGCGUGUGUAUGAAGUGAUUGACACACAUGUGCAAGAUGUCAAUGAAUGUUCCUAUGCCAUAUUCAAUGCCUGUCCUAAGAGAGACACCUGUGUAAAUCUGGAGGGUUAUUACAGCUGCAGCCCUCAGCACGACCAUGCCGAGGCCAGUCCUCAACAGAGGAACACAAGACAGGAAGGCAUAGUAACAUCUGUUCCAAAUACAGCAUUGGAUACCAUUAACACUAGCAAUAGCUCUCAGUCAAUAAGUAAUUCGGCUCCCUUGUCCAUGACUAACCAAUCUGCCGAGGCUGGAUGCUUAGAUCCUCCUUCAAUUAGAAACCACCGAAUCUUCAGCGUUACCAGCAAUAAUUUUGAAAUGUCUUGGCACAUCAAUUCCACUCUGAACCAUACUUUCCAAGUCCAAGUGCUCAAGGACAAGGAGAUUGUACAAAACCUGAAGACAGAGGAAAUGAAAAUGGAUGUGUCUGGACUGGAGGCAGGUGUCAUGUACUCGGUAGAAAUCAGCUAUGAAACAUGUGGGAAAAAAAGCGUUUCUCAACAAAAUGUUAAAACAGAGGCCAAGAUAUUCGGUGUCAUCGUGAGGAUCCUGAACUACAACUUAACAGAAGGUUUCUAUGACACUAAUAGUUCAACAUAUCAAGAAUUUUCAAGACUGUUGUUUACAGAGAUUGGAAAUUCAUUUCCACMCAGCAUUUCUGCCUUGUACAAAUCUGGGAAGCUGAAAAUGCAGAUUGUAUCUCUGCAAGCUGGAAGUAUCAUUGUGAGGCUCAGAAUCACUGUACAGGACCCUGAAUUUUCCAUUGAUGCCUCUACAUUUGCCCCAAUGCUUUCUUACCUAUACAACAGUUCUAGGAUUCUGGUGGAUCAACAAAACACCGUAGUAGAAGACUGGGAUGAAUGUGCUUCUCAGUCUGAGAAUGACUGCUCCAUACUUGCAGAAUGCAUCAAUUUGAUGGGUUCAUACAUGUGUCGAUGCAAGACGACCAUGGACACAAAUCCAUCCCGACCUGGAAGAAAAUGUGAAGGUGAAAUUGUCAACCCCCUUACUGAAACGAUGGCUCCCGAAGUAACAGGCACCACGGAGAUGGCUCCUGAAGUGAGCACUGCAGGCUCUGCUUCCCCAGCCGUCGCUGAGGUGGAGGUUGUAGCUGCCGCAGGCUCCAAGACGAGCACUACUGUCCACGUCCCUGCUGUACUGCCCCUGAGUGACGAGCAAGCGCACCACAGCCCUACUCCCACCAAUGCUCCUCCAGCCACUUGGAAAAAUGGCUUGUCGUUAUGGUCUGGCUUUGGCAGGGAAAACAUCUCCACGGCCACAGGGGCCGCCGCCAGUGAGGGACCGGCCGUGACCACAGAGCAGCAGGCAGCUGUGAGCCUGUCACAGCAAAGCUCGGUGGCAGAGGCCUCCCCUGGUGCACUGCAACAAGACGCUGCCCCCACAGAUGCACCCAUGGGCAUGGCUGGCCCGAAGCCACUCAGUUCACCAUUGCCAGUACCAUCAAAUCAAACGGCCUCCGCUAUUACAGCAAGACAUGAAGCUCUUGGUGUGUCUCAGGGUGGCACCAGUACAGCUCUGCUGGGCACAGGAGAUGCUGGAGUUCUCCCUUUCAAUACCACUCUCAAAAGGCACAUGGAGAUGGAGAGAAAGAACAGUUCUUCAUCUGAGAAAUAUUUUGGCGUCUGGGGGCCACCAGCUUUGCCAGACUUCUCUCAGGUGUCCAGCCCAAAUCCAGGCCCAGACAUGGACCAGACUGUCCAGAAACUUACUGGAGUGGUGCGGAUAACAAAUGUGGAAUACCGUCUGGGCUUUGGCAAUACAAGCAGCAAGGAAUAUCAAAACUUUGCACGUCUCUUUGCUGACAAAGUACAUAAAUCUCUGCCCCGUGAGCUCCUUCUGAAAAUGGAUGCUGGGCUGAUUAAAGUGGUGAUAACUGGUAUCACUAAUGGGAGCACAGUGGUAAGUUUCCAGGUACUGAUUGCAGAAGAUGUGGAUAUCAACUACCUCAUCACAGCUUUUCAUGAUGCCUUUGAACACAGCUCCUAUUUCACAGUUGACAAGAGCAGUCUCUCCAUAAAUGAUUAUGAUGAAUGCACCAGGGAAGAAGAUGACUGCUCUCCAGAUGCGUCAUGUCAUAACACACUUGGGUUUUAUGAGUGUAGCUGCAAUGAAGGAUUUGCUGAUGUGCACCCAGAGAAGCCUGGAAGAAACUGCCAAGCACUUCCUGUCCUCCAGGAGGCAACAAUGAUGGAUAGGAAACCUGCACACAACACGGUUUCACCUGUGCCAUCCCUGCAGACUUCAACUCACGUUUCAUCCCCAGCGGCAUUGGACUCUAYUACGGGACACAAAGCUCUGGACAACAUCAUCCUCUCCAGUGUGGUGCUGCCUUCUUUCACCACAGACCCAAUGCCAGCUCCUCACUUUUCUCCUGAAACAUCUCCAGUGGCUUCCAUUAAAGACGCAGUGCGGGUGUCCUGUGAAAUCGAGAAGAUAAUCCUUACCAUCCAGAAGCRGUUUUUACGGCAGGAGUCGAUCCCUGAAUCCUCGCUGUACCUGGGGGAGCCUGGCUGCAACGUGAGCCGCAGCAAUGGCACUCACGUGGUGCUGCAGGCAGCCUGGGGCCGCUGCGGCGUUGAGGUCCAGACGAAUGUAACUAAUACUGUAGCGAAAACAGUACUUCGGAAUGACCUUUCUGCUCAGGGAAUAAUCCACCACUUAAAAGUUGCCAGUCCAAUCCACUGUGUGUUUCAGAAUGAUCUCUUGACUUCAUCUGGAUACAUUGCAGAAGGAAUUUACACCAUUUUUGAGGAUUUKCAUGGAUCUGGACACUUCAGAACAGAAAUGCAGUUAUUCAUUGGAAACUCCCCAAUACCUAAAAAUUUCAGUGUCUCUGCCAGUGAUGAUGUGCUGAUUGAAGUGGGCAUCCAGAGAGAGAACACCAAGCUCAAGGUGGUACUCACUGACUGCUGGGCAACUCCAACUAGUAAUUCAGUGGAUCCUCUCUCAUUCACUUUCAUCAACAACAGCUGUCCCAUCCCAAACACCUAUACUACACUGCUAGAGAAUGGGAAUUCAAGUAAAGCACAGUUYAAGCUGAAAAUCUUUUCUUUUGUCAACAAUUCUGUGGUUUAUCUGCACUGCAAAGUUCGUAUUUGUAUGGAGACACCAGAAAGUACCUGUAGAAUGAGAUGCCGUGGUACUCGAUCCCUGAAAACUGGUGAAACUAUUGCCACACACAGGACAUCCUGGGGACCCCUAUGUAAAUCUGCUGCAUCUGAUUCAAAGAGAGAGGAGGAGGCCGGGCUAGCAGUUGGAUACAUCAUCCUUAUUGUCGUUGCUGCAUUUGUUUUUGUGCUGGGGGUUGCAGGCCUUCUCGUCUGCCAGUACCAGCGAAAGACAGGAAGAUACAAUUUCAGAAUCAAAUCCAACRAUUUCAGCUACCAAGUGUUCUAUGAUUAGCUGUUUUCAAGUUAUCAGAUAUGUAUCAUGUCUCCUCACAUAAAGCACAGCAGAUUGUUUCCACUCAGCAUUUGGCUUUUAUUAUUCUUCCUGAUGAUGAUCACCACUGAUUGCAACUUUGACUACUG